ACAACAAAGUUAUAUCUGUAUCUGAAAACAAGGCAAAAUUGUGUGUGAUUUUUUCUGUUCGUGUCACAACAACAAAAAGUUGGCUUAAAUGUCGCCUAUGGCUUGCAUCAAGUGCGGCUUCUGAUCAGCCGCAGAAAGAAAAGAAAUUCCUUCAAAGUGGCAAUCACAACUUGUUCGCAAUAUAAACAAAAAUCUUGAUAUAAUUGUGCAACAAUCUUGAAGCCCAUCAUUGGCCACAGCUGCAGCUGAAUUCUUUCACCUAGGCUGUCCCAUUGUUGGAAAGAGUUGUGUGAAUUCAUUGUCGAUUUGGCUAUAAAAAGAAGACAAAAUUGUGCGUCUAAAAAAAGUGCAGGCUCACGCUCAAGGACAUCUGGAGCAGUUUGAGCAGGAGCCGGAGUCGGAGCAGCAGGAGCAGGAGCACUAUUCAUCGCAUCUGCAUCAUAAUCAUAAUCAUCACCAUCAUCAUCAACAUCAUCAGCAGCAUCAUCAUCAACAGCUGCAGCAUUCACAGCAGUUGCUGCAACAACAGCAACAGCAACAACAACAGGUUCAUCAACAGCAUCUCUACAACGAGCACUACAAUUCACAACAGCACCAACAGCAUCACAGCACCAGCAGCAGCAACAGCAACAGCAAUAGCAACAACAACAGCAACAGCCACAAAAUGCAUUUGACAACAACAAGCAGCAAUUCAACGGCAUCGAAUGCCAACAACAACAACAAUAACAACAACACAACCAACAACAAUAAUAAUAACAACAACAAUUCGAGCAGCAGCAACAACAACAACACAACCAACUCAAAUGGCACCAACAACAACAACAACAACAACUCGAGCAGCAACAGCAACAACAACAGCACCGAACAGAACACGCCCCCAACACCCGCCCAGCUGCUAAACGAAGCCUACACCAAGAUGACCUCGGACAUCUUGGCCGAGCGAACCCUCGGCGACUUCCUCACCGAGCAUCCGGGCGAACUCAUCCGAACGAGCAGUCCGCUCUUCGUCUGCACCGUCCUGCCACCGCAUUGGCGAUCGAACAAAACGCUGCCGGUGGCCUUCAAGGUCGUCUCGCUGGGCGACAUCAUGGACGGCACCAUGGUCACGGUGCGGGCGGGCAACGAUGAGAACUAUUGUGCCGAGCUGCGCAACUGCACCGCCGUCAUGAAGAACCAGGUGGCCAAGUUCAAUGAUCUUCGAUUCGUCGGACGCAGCGGUCGAGGGAAGAGCUUCACAUUAACCAUCACCGUGUCAACGAAUCCACCGCACAUAGCCACCUACAACAAGGCGAUCAAAGUGACUGUCGAUGGGCCACGUGAGCCACGCUCCAAGACCAUGUUAUCCCUUUUAGGGCAGCAACAACAAUUCCACUUCGCCUUUGGCCAGCGACCGUUCCACUUCUCCACGGAUCCCCUCUCCGGCUUCCGCAUGCCGCCCAUUGGCAACUGUCAGAAUAUGUCCCAAUUUGGUUUAGGUGCCAGCAACACGCAUUGGGGCUACGGUUCAGCGGCCUCGGCCUAUUCACCCUACUUGGCCAGCAGCGGACUAUCGUCGUGCACAACUCCGACAUCGGCACAGUUUAACAAUCCGGCGUUGAGUUUCACCUGCUCAUCGAACGAUCAGAGCAAUAACCAGGACUUUGGAGGCGCCACCAAUCGCGACUGUGUGCCAAUGCUGCCCGACUCAACGGCCAGCGAUCUGGACCAGCAUCUGAGCAGCCUCGUCGGCUCAACCAGCGGCCAGAUGUCGCACCACAGUCUGCUCGGCACCAGCGGCCAGACAUCGAUCACCUCGACGGUGAACGGAGCCUCAACAGGCAGCGGGGCAACCGGCGCUGGCAGUGCAAGCGGAGCGGGCAGCGGCGCGGGUGCGAAUUCGAUAUUGGUGCCGCGAUAUCACACCAAUGCGAGCAACGAGUACAAUGUGCACUCCAGCCAGAAUGGACCGCGUAGUCUCAGCGAUAGCUCGCAGGCCGAGUCGCCAGUGCAGGAGGAUCUGCUGUCGACCAACACACCGAACUUGGGCAGUGGCAGCGGUGCUGGCGGUGGUGCUGGCGGUGGCGGUGGUGCCACCAAUGGGGGUGCCACAAAUGGCGGCAGCGGUGCAACGGGCGCCUCUUCAAGUGGCGGCGGUGGCGGCUCAGCGGGCGCCUCGGCGGGCGCUGGCAAUGCAGCGAUGCUGGGCGCCAAUCAAAACUUUCCCGGCAUUGUUAACCAAGCGCAACACGCCUCCGCCUCGGCCUAUGGCGGCGGUGUGGGCGUCGGCGUCGGUGUCGGCGUGGGCGUGGGCGUCGGUGUAGGCGGUGGCCAUGGCAGCGGCGCUGGCGCCACAGCCGCCGGCUGCAAUGGCUCACUCUAUCCGGUGUUGCCAGCGAGUCUGCUCUACUCGCAGCUAUACACGGCGGCCAAUCAAUCGGCGCACGGUUUUCAUUCGCACACGCUGCCGUCGCAUGCCUCGCCCAAUUCAUCGGUGCAUGGCGAACUGCAGAGCGUGAUGGAUCACAUUAGCAAUGUGGGUGUGCGGCAGCAGCACAACAUCAUGACUGGUGGGGGGGUGGCGCAUCCGGGUGAUCUGACGCUGAUUGGCAACUGCGGAGCGUCGGUGCGGAAUAUCGAGGAUGGGAACACAAAUCGUCAGGUGGCCGCGCUCGCUGCCCAUCGCGGCCACCACAAUCCAACUGACAAUGGGGGCAGCGUGUGGCGGCCAUAUUGAGGUCAGGUUCUGUGGUGCGGCUCCGCAGUUCUUUAGUGCCAUGAGCACGACGAGGGCGCGACAACGGAGAAGCAGCACGGGCAGACACAACAGCAACAACAACAACAUGGAAACGAGGGAGAGU